UUUAUAUUUUUUGUUCAAUUUGUUGCUUGACUGUGGCGAAAUUUUCCUGAAGAAUUGUUCGCAAAUUGGAAUUUUCUUACGAAAAGUAAUUUAUAUACUACAUUUAAAUAAAUAAAAGACGUACACCGUUAAUAUAACUUUGGAAUAUAAUAAAGCAAGAUCUCAUCAUGGGAGUACCAAAGUUUUUCCGCUACAUAAGUGAACGUUAUCCAUGCCUUAGUGAAUUGGCAAGAGAGCAAUCUAUUCCAGAUUUUGACAAUUUAUACUUGGACAUGAACGGCAUCAUUCACAACUGUUCACAUCCAGAUGAUACUAAUAUUCAUUUCAACAUUACAGAGGAAGAAAUGUUUAAGGAUAUUUUUAAUUAUAUUGAUAAAUUAUUCUUUCUGAUAAAACCUCAAAAACUGUUCUUUAUGGCAAUUGAUGGCGUUGCGCCACGUGCUAAAAUGAAUCAACAAAGAAGUCGUCGUUUCCGUUCGGCCAAAGAAGCUGAAACACUUGAGAAGUUGGCCAACACCCGUGGUGAAGUUAGAGAACAUGAACGUUUUGACAGUAAUUGCAUUACACCGGGUACGGAAUUCAUGGAUCGCUUACACGAGGGCUUGCGCUAUUUUAUUAAAAGUAAGAUAAGCGCUGAUCCACUUUGGCAAAAGUGUCGUGUUAUACUUAGCGGACAUAAUUCUCCUGGUGAAGGUGAACAUAAAAUUAUGGAUUACAUACGCUAUUUGAAAUCUCAAAGUGAUUUCAAUCCAAACACUCGUCACUGCCUCUAUGGUUUGGAUGCUGAUUUAAUUAUCCUGGGUCUAUGUACCCAUGAGCUUCAUUUUGUGGUGUUGCGCGAAGAAGUUAAAUUCGGUAAGAAAACUAAGAAGGCAUCUGUUGAAGAAACACGAUUUUUCUUGUUGCACUUGGGUUUAAUGCGUGAAUAUUUGGAAAUGGAAUUUAAUGAGAUAAAACAACAAGACCCGAAUUUCGAUAUUGCCAAAUUAAUAGAUGAUUGGGUACUAAUGGGAUUUCUAGUCGGUAACGAUUUUAUACCCCAUUUACCCUGUUUGCAUAUUUCAUCGAAUGCUUUGCCCUUGUUAUAUAGAACAUAUAAAAAGAUAUAUAGCAGUCUGGGUGGCAACAUUAACGAAAACGGCAAACUAAAUUUGGAACGUUUAGAAAAGUACUUUGCAGCUUUAGCCGAGGUAGAAUUUGAAAUAUUUCAGGAUAAUCAUGCAGAUCUCAAAUAUUUUGAAGCUAAACAAUCAAAGAAUGGCGUUGAUGAAGCCUUUGACUUUGAUGUGAAUGAAAUUAAUAAUGAAAAUACUGAUAACGAUUUGGCAGCUUUAAUUGAAAGUAGUAGACAGUUUCUUGAAGAUGACGAUGAAGACUUGUCAGAUAAUGAUCAACACAUAAACGAUGAGUUUGAAAACUACAAACGUAAUUAUUAUAUGAACAAAUUGAACAAGGACAAUUCCAACAGCGAACAUACAAGAGAACAAGCGAUUUGCUAUAUAACGGCAUUACAAUGGAUAUUAGACUAUUAUUAUCGUGGUGUGCAAUCAUGGGAUUGGUAUUAUCCUCACCAUUAUGCUCCCUUUAUAAGCGAUUUGAAAGGCUUCCAAGAUUAUGAAAUCAAAUUUAACAUGGGCAAACCAUUUCUACCCUUUCAACAGUUGUUGGCAGUGCUCCCAGCCGCCAGUAGGACCCUAUUGCCGGCAGCCUAUAGAGAUCUAAUGACCAGCGCUAGCAGCGACUUGAUAGAUUAUUAUCCAGAAGACUUUGCAACCGAUCUCAAUGGCAAGCAGCAUGAAUGGGAGGCUGUUGUUCUUAUUCCUUUUAUAGAUGAAAAAAUACUAUUAGAAGCCAUGGCAGCAUGUGACCAAAAUUUGAUGCCUAGCGAACGAAAACGUAACCAACACGGUCCUAUGUUGCAGUACGAUUACCAUCCCGAGUCCCAAGGACAAGUUGCAGGCGUAUAUUCGCUCAAAGCAUUAUACCACGUAUUUUGUACAGAAAAACCAUUUUGGUCGCAAGAUAUUUUAGUAUCUCCUCAAAAGACUGUCUGUGUCGAACUGCCUAACGCAGCUCGCUCAGUAUUUUUCCCAGGUUUUCCUACUAUGAAACAUUUAAAUUAUAAGUUUCAAAUUAAGAAUGGUCGUGUCAAAGUUUUUGACUAUCCCAGUCGUAACGAAAAUAUGAUUCUUCAACCGGAAAGUCGCAAAAAUAUGGACGAUGUUUAUGCAGUAGCUGAAAAAUAUCUAAAUCAAAUCAUUUUCAUUGGCUGGCCUCACUUAGUUAGGGCCAAAGUUGUAGGCGUAUCAAAUAAGGAGAAAUACAUAGAUGUGGAUGGUAUUAAAGAUUUGGAACCGAAAAUAUUCGAUUUUCAUGUUAAAACAGCCCAAGAACAUUUAUCCACACGCAUGGGCAUCGAAUUUUCAGAUUAUUCUGUUAUGGUUCAUGUACGAACAUAUACAGGUUCGUCAUAUAUAUGUGGCAGCCAGGGAAAAGUCACCAACAACGAAGUGUGGAGUCAAUUCACUACAGCCUAUCCUGCUCAGGGGGUGGUGUCUCAUAUUGCCAUUCACAAUUCCGUGACGAACCAACAUAAGAAAAUUGAACAAUUGUUUCCAGAAAACAGCAAAAUAUUUUUUGUGGGCAAUCCAUAUUACGGCAGUGAGGGUGUAGUCAUGAAUCCUAUGUUGGUAUAUGAGUGUGGCAGGCUUAAAGUAAAUAUUACCGUAUUACCAGAACCGGACUUUUCCGAAGCGAAAUACGUUCAAAACCAACUUGAAAGAGACUACAUAAAUACGUAUCAGGCAGCUGCUCAAAUCGGUAUACAUGUGAAAAGCUUAGCCCGUAUUACAGGCUCUGUGCUGGUUGUUAAAGGUGGCAGGCGUCCUAAAGCAGAUCUUCCCGAUAAUUUGCCAAAAUUAAAUAUAGGUCUACAGUUUAAAUAUAUCAAACAACAAGAAGAGCUGGCUGGUUAUGCUAGACGCAUUGACAACCAGUGGUUCCUGUCUACCAAGGCUAUUGCUCUUAUACAAUUGUAUGUAGCAAGAUUUCCCGUUGUGAUUGAGUAUUUGAGCAAAGCCUCAGAUCGUGCUGAGUUGCUUUUCGAACAGGAUCUGUUUCCCUUGGACGUUGGAGAAAAGAAGGUAGAAGAAAUAGUGUCCUGGCUGAAAGAGCAAGAUCACGCGAAGGCCGAAAGGGUAGCUUGCGGAUCGAAAACUAUGGAAAAAGAAUCUGUAGAAAAAAUUUUAGACGCCAUCGAGCAAUUAAAGACUCUACCGGUUAAGACAGUGAAACUGCAAGUAAAGCCCCAUCUGUUACUUAAACCCGAUGUUAGUUUGCCUGAUGUAUACAAGGCCAAAAGGUCAAUUAAAUUAUUCGAUCGUGUCGUUAUUGUUAAAACUACUUACAUGGUUCCUCUUGGUUCUAAGGGUACUGUUGUUGGAAUUUAUCCUGUAAGUGAUCCAAAUCCAGUACGUUUGGAAUGUGUUAAAGCUGUGGAUAAUUUUUACGAAAUUCUCUUUGAUAAACACAUACCAAAUGGUAACGACAUGCAUGGUAUUGCCUCACAGCGUGUGUACAAAGUACCAGAAUCUUCCGUCCUUUUAAUAUUUACUCAAGAUAACAAUAGACAAAAUGACAAUUUCUAUGACUCGAAAAUGUCCUGUCAAUUAGAAGACAAUAAAGAUGUAUCCAUGAAGUCAUGGAGAAGACAGAGUAACGUGCCAACUACCACAAACUCUGUAAACAACGAUUCGACUGUGACAAAUGCAGAGGCAGUUAAACAACAAACACAAGUUGUAGAAAAAGGCGGCGAUGAUUUUUGGAUGCCUGCUGUAAAUACAAAACAGAAACAUUCAAAUACAAUUAAAAUUAUGCAAAAUCCCAAUCAAACUCUUCAAUCAAAUUCAUCAAACAAUAUCAACCAACUACAACAUCACACAACAACAGCAUCAUCUGUAGAACCGCAGCAGUGCAAUGAUGGCACACAACUUUUAAAGUCCCUUUUAGGUUUAUCGGCUAAUCAAUCUCAGGUUAUCCCCGGACCAGCAGUUUCAGCUAAACCACAAUUGCCGCAACCACCAACAAGUUGGCGUACAGAUGCUCAAAAAAUGCCCGUCAUGCCACAUAAUUUCCCUCGCAUGCCUCUUCCACAAAAUCCCUAUAUGCCAUCGAAUGCACCUUUAGCUCUAAUCGGAGGCAAUGUUGUCCCAUUGCCAUCCACCCAACAAAUGAUGUCCCAAUAUCAACAACAGCCACAUAUGCAGUUUCAACAAGGAAAUCAAACAACUCAACAACCGCCGCAUUACCAACAAUUGGCGCAGCAGCAGCAAAAUGUAACGAUGCCACAAGACAAAAUAUUCAGUUUAAACAGCUUAAAUCAAAAGGGUGCAUUUAUACCGCUCCAAGUUUCACGCGGAAAUAACAGUUUCUCAAACAAUGGACAAGCAGCCACUACAUCAUCGAAUAAUCAAAUUGAUUCACCAUCUACCAUCGUUCAAAAUCUAAACGAAUUGUCUUUGCACGGCAUUAUCGAUGGAGACAAUAUAAAGCAAGAAACUACUGAUAUUAAGCCCUCUUAUGGACGCAAGAAACCUCCACGUGUUCCAAAAAUUGGAGCUAAAUUCGAUAAAAAAUAAACACAUAAAAGGAGGAAUGGAAUAAAUUGGACUUAUCAUUACUGUUCUUAAUGUUAGAAAAAAAUACGAUUAUUUUACUUUACAUUGGUUUUAUCAAAAUUAAUUUCACAUUUUUUUUAUCUGUGUACGUAAAUUUCUUUAAUGUUUAUUAUAUGAAACUUAUAUUUUAAGUAAAAAAAAACAAAGCAAAAUAAUAAAUCAAUUGUAAAAUAUGAAA